CGGCGCCCUCGGACCCGCAGCGGAUUUCAGGAAAAGGGUUGGGAGGCGGCGACCACCCGCCACCAGGGACGGAGGCAGAGCCCGCGCGCCUCUCCGGAACACUGGCCCUGCUACCAGAGCCUCAGGAGCCCCCAUGAGUGCCAGCAGCGGGUGUCCUGGAUAGCAAGACCCUGGCUAGGCCAGGGGUGGGUACGCCAUCAUGCCACCCAUCCUCCAACGCCUGCAGCAGGCCACCAAGAUGAUGAGCCGCAGGAAAAUCCUGCUGCUGGUGCUAGGGUGCAGCACCUUGAGCCUCCUCAUCCACCAGGGUGCACAACUCAGCUGGUACCCCAGGCUGUUCCCUCUGAGCUGCCCGCCUCUGCAGGACUCCCCACCGCGCCCCAAGCACAUGACCGUGGCCUUCCUGAAGACGCACAAGACGGCGGGCACCACGGUGCAGAACAUCCUGUUCCGCUUCGCCGAGCGCCACAACCUGACGGUGGCCCUGCCGCACCCGCGGUGCGAGCACCAGUUCUGCUACCCGCGCAACUUCUCGGCGCACUUCGUGCACCCGGCCACGCGCCCGCCGCACGUGCUGGCCAGCCACCUGCGCUUCGACCGCGCGGAGCUCGAGGGCCUCAUGCCGCCGGGCACCGUCUACGUCACCAUCCUGCGGGAGCCCGCGGCCAUGUUCGAGUCCCUCUUCACCUACUACAACCAGUACUGCCCGGCCUUCCGGCGCGUGCCCAACGCGUCCCUCGAGGCUUUCUGCGCGCCCCAAGACCACGUCAUAGUGGAGCUCAUCGCCAUCUUAGGCCCCAUGGUCGCCGUCGCCAUGGUGUGUCCCAUCAUCGUGGUGAAUCUCACCUAG